AUGUGCAGCACCGUCCUGCGUCAUCGACGACGCAAGUUACAGUUUCUCGCGUCGUCUACAGCCCUCGCAAUGCUUACAAACGUUGUGGCACUGGACGCCUCGUCCAAUAGCGACAUCCUCGCUCGCUGCGAGAGUCUCCAGAGUGAUACAACACUGUUGACGACCCCCACAGAUGUAGAACUUCCUCCGGACAUCGCGACCACGCUGACUGCGCACUCUGAUGCUUCCUGGGGCGAGCUAGACGACGUCACAAAGGUGGGCCUGCUGUGGAUACACGGGUACGUGUUCUCGGGUGGCUCCAGCAGCGGGAGCAAGACUGGAGACGCUGUUAUUCAGGUCUACACUCGCUGUUCUAGUGGGUCUACAACAGGCGUGGAGAUGGCGAGCGUAGAAAUCUCGUACGACGACUUUACAUCGCAAUGCGAAGCUGCGCGUUGUGGCACUUACUACCAGGCCACGAACGCCAAUUGUGUGGCCAAUGUGACGAGUUCCAUUCGGUGUGCAGUUGACAGAGGCUCCUCUGUGCUGCCCACAGCCAACGACGUGUCAUUCUGGUCCUCUGCAGUUUCGUCCAGUGCCGUCCCGUACCCUCAGGCUUAUCAACACAAAGUCGCUUUGACUGACUCAACAGAGACGUUGCAGGUGUACUCGAUCCACAUGCGGAAUGAUGACGCUGGUGUGUCAUGUGGCAACACUCUAGAUACGAUCAUCCCGUGCUUGAGACUGGAGGAUGUGACUGAGGCUUCCGACUUUUGCAAACCGGCAGUGGAUGACGUUCGAGUUGCGACCUUCCUGUCAUCAAUUAGCACGUUACAGAUCAGCAAACUGUCGGAAGAUAACGAGCCAUCCGAUGGUGAUAGCAACGUGGCUCUCAUUCUCGGUGUAGGCGUCGGUGGGGCUGUCCUUCUGGUCGUGUGUCUAGCUAUCUGCUGCUGUCGAAAGAGGAGGAUGCAGAGUACCGAGCAGCUCUCAGAGCCUGCAGCUGUUGGAGCUGCACAAGAACAGAGUCGGGCGAGUGCAACUCGGUCCGGACUGAGCUUUAUCCCUCGAGUGCUCGGUGGACGUGGGAAGAAGAGCGACAGAGACAGCGAGAGCUCGUCCAACGCUGCCACUAAUGUGAACGCACAGACGAAUCGACGGUCGUCCUGGUACACUGUUGGCAACGCCAGCAAUCGAGAAUCCACGGCGUACGGACGACGGUCCUCCAUGGCUGGCACGUGGGUGGGAGCCGCAGCGGGAGGCAAAACAGUGAGCGAGUACUGCGACGAGUCGGAGGUUUUGACGGACUUCAUGCAGGACCCCGAGAUCUUCACGAAGCGUAUCGCCUUUGACGAGCUCACGUUCCUACGCAUGUUGUCGAAAGGAGCGUACGGUGAAGUGUGGCUCGGGCAGCUGGAGACUCGACACGUGGCUAUCAAGCGCUUGUUGCCGGAGAAAUGCCAGUUCACAGCCAAUUUGGAGCAGUUCGCAGGCGAGAUUCAACUCAUGUGCACUCUGCAGCACCGCAACAUUGUGUCGUUCGUAGGCGUGAGCUGGAAUCAGCUGCAGAAUCUGUGUGCCGUGGUCGAGUAUAUGGAGGCUGGAGACUUGGACGAAGUGCUCAAGAAGAACCGAGACAAGUUUUCCUGGCAACGCGAGAAGAUCCAAAUCGCCAUGGACAUCGCAGAAGGACUGGUCUACCUGCACUGCUUGCGUCCUGUCGUUGUCCAUCGAGACCUCAAGUCCAAGAACGUUCUGCUGAAUCGCAAGUAUCACGCCAAGUUGAGCGACUUUGGAGUUAGUCGCAAGACUCAUGUGAACGAGACGAUGACGUCAGGAGUGGGGACGUUACUGUGGACUGCUCCGGAGAUCAUCGAAGGCAAAAAGUACUCGGAGAAGGCAGACAUUUACUCGCUGGGCGUCGUGUUAUCCGAGAUGGAUACAUGCGAGGCCCCGUUCUCGGACGUGACGUCGGAUAAAGGCGAGCGCUUGCCAGGAAUGCAACUGGCUCAACUUGUACGACUGGGGAAGAUUCGAGUGUCGCUACGCAAAGAUUGCCCGCCCAAUCUCCGUAAUUUAGUCUUGGACUGCACUCAGCUGGACCCAGAUGCACGUCCUAGCUCCAUGCAAGUGGCCUUCACUCUGAAAAGUAUUAUCGCGCCGACGCUGCGUAUGUCAUCGUCGACUGCUACGACAGUUUCGACGUCGUCCUCUAGUGGCUUCCCAUCCAGCGGAGGUCACAGCCACGUGCUGCAAAAUCCAUAGCCUUCAGUCGAAGGCAGUCGUAUUUAA